AUGUCGCACGUGGGGGAGACCAGGCUGGUCGAGUCCCAUCCCGUCGUGCAUAUUGCCCCAGAGAGUGCCAAGGGUGGCGGCCUGCUGGCAUAUGUGGGGGUGUUUGACGGGCAUGGCGGUUCUGCAACCGCCCAAUGGUUGACCUCAGAAUUGGAUGGCUACCUUCAAGAGGCAUGGCAGCAGGAGACGAAUCCGGAAGCUGCUGUCAGGGAGGCCUUCAUCGCUGCUGACAAGGCGGUGCUGGCGCCCAAGCCCGGCUUCUUGGGGAUGGUCGGGGAACGUGGCAAAGGCGGGUCCAAGUGUGGGUCCACUGCCGCAGUUGCCCUCCUCUACGAGGGGGACGGGAAGACGUGCCUGGUCACCGGCAAUGUGGGCGAUGCCAGGGUGGUCCUCGUGCAGGGCGGCACCUCCUACCAGCUCACCACCGACCAUGUCCCCGACAGCGAGGAUGAGAGGCUGCGCAUCGAGGCCCAGAACCCUAACCCCAAGAUGCCGCUGGUGCGGUACGUAGGCGGUACAUGGCGCGUCGGAGGCAUCCUGGCGCUCAGCAGGGCGUUUGGGGAUGCGUACCUCAAAGGUAGCGGACAAUUUGAGGGCGUCCGUGCGGGAGGCGAUGGCUACUCCUCUGGCUUUGGAGUCGUUGCUGAGCCAUACACAGAGACCAGGGAGCUCACGGCCUCUGACAGCUGGCUGGUGGUUGCAUCGGAUGGACUGUUUGCCAACGAGGAGCGAGGUGGUGGGGGAGGCCUGACCAACCAGGAGAUCGCGGACGAACUGAAGCGGAAGUCUUCCCUGAGCUGCGAGGCUCUGGCCAAGCACCUGGCAGCCGUUGCCGUGGAGAAGGGGUCCACUGACGAUGUGACGGUCGUGGUCCUCCGAUUGGGACAGGCGUAG